ACUGGUUAUGCACAAAGUGGAAAACAAUAGCAAGGUACACCGUUAUACCGUUCUACCAUUGAAUUCAUACUUGGUAGUAAAACAUAAAACAAUUAUAACUCUACUGUUCAUGGUGGAUGCAACUACUUAAUUCAGCUAGGCCGAUGUGUAGUUACCCGAUAACCUUCAGCCACACACUUCACAUACAGGCGUAGUCAGUUUCUCAGUAACACCACAGAAUGAACUAUCCAUCUGACAUUGAUCUUUUAUUGAUUGGAAAAACUGGCAACGGUAAAAGCGCCACCGGAAACUCAAUCCUGCAAUGUAAAGCAUUUAAGAGCGUAGCCAGUACCCAGUCAGUCACCUCAGAUAUCCAGUUUGGAAUGUGUGAAAGUCAAGGUCGAAUAAUAAAGGUAGUGGACGGACCAGGUAUUGGUGACACGCGGAUGAAUUCCGAAAAAGCUGUUAACCUGGUGAAGAGCAGCCUGGAGUACGCCAUAGGUUUGAACCCUCGUGGAUACCACGCUCUUCUUGUCGUGGUCAAGUAUGGCUGCAGAUUCACUGAAGAGGAGCAGGACACCAUCAAAUUUCUAAAAGCUCUCUUUGGCAAAACUUUUAUUCAGGAUUAUGGUAUUCUGGUGAUGACCAACGGUGAUUCGUUCGAUAGUGAACCAGAUAGGUCGCAUACGACAUUUAAGGGUUGGUGCAAGGAACAGACCGGUCCAUUCGCUGACAUGAUCAAGGAAUGCAAAGGCAGAAUUGUUCUGUUUGACAACAGAACACAAGAUAAAGGCAAGCGAAUCUCUCAGAUCCGCGCACUGAUGCACUUUGUCGAAGACAUUCAAACCCAGCGCAAACCAUACACUGAUGAAAACUUCGAAAUGGCGCGAGCAGCAAAAGAUAAAAUACUUUCCUCCACCAGGAAACCCCUCAUCACAGAGAAAAUGUUGAAAGAGGCUGGUCUUGUCUUUCAGAGGCUGACCGACAUUCAGUCGAACAGACUGCAGCAAAACUGGCUAAAAGACUUGGAAAAUCUGUUGGUUCGAGCAGAGGCGUUGCAUUCCAGCGUCGUUGCUCAGGACAAAAGCACCGGGGAUCUGAGAGAGAUGAUCAAGCACACGGCAGAACUCAAGAACAACAUCUCACAAGAGAUUAAGUUCUGCGUCAAGAGAAAUGAGGAGGAAAAGAAGCAGCAGCAGGAGGAGCAGCUCAGAGAGCUCCUGGAACACAUGGUUCUAUUCGACUUGGCGGAAUCUUACAGCCAGGCCAACAGGAAGUACAACGAUGAUAUUGUGAGAAAUCUGCUUCGCAACGUAGAGUUCCCACUCCGUAGGUUUGUUUGGUUGUAAGAUCUGAAGCUUUUAUUUUAAUUAAAAACAUGCUAAUGAAGAAAAUGAACAAAUUUUAACGAUAUUAUUUAAUGAUACAAUAAGUAUGGAUGUUAAAAAUGUUAAUAUAUGACGUUUUAUCACAGUAACCAAGAGGUUAAAGAAAAUACAUAUCUAAAGAGAUCUAGUUGACCAUUUUUUUUGUUAUUUUAAUAAUGGUAGGCUAAAUCGCAAAUAUUUUUUUUCCCUUAGAGUUUAUGAUUUUAUGUUUAUGGUUUUUGAAUCUAAUUGUCAGUGUACAGGUCUAAUAUUUUGAUGACAAGUGGGAGACGGGGGUAUCUGGGAGAAAGAUUCCGUUUGCUUUUGGGCGCUCAGCAAACACAGCCCAGCUCGAGUCGGGUUUCAAAUUCAAUCCCCCUUUAUAGUCAUCCAAUAAAUGAAAUCCGUUAACAUUUAUAAUUCCAUUGAGUCGUGCAGAUGUAAUGAUCCUUUUUUCCAAGGUUAUGAAAACUUUUCUGGUGAGCUUAUCAUUGCAUCAUAUUGACCAGAACUCUUUCUGUACUCGAUACUAGACAUUUUUACAUCUGGAUUUCGUCUAGAUAAGAAUUAAGAGGCAAAGUAAAAAAUUAAUCAUUCUGUUUUUUUAUUGUAGAAAGUACAAGUAUACUCUUUCCACUUAUAGUACUAUUUUUAUUUUAGAGGAUCUAACAUUCAUUCUCUUGCCGAGCUUCAUUAGAGGGAAACCAAAUUCAUUCAGUGUCCACUAAGGAAUUUUCUGGUGAUGUUACAUAGUCUACUAUUGUGUUUUUAUCCAUUGUCACAGCGUUCCUUGGUCACUGCCAUUUGACACCUUCCUCCGGAUGACUAGGCCGGGAUUUCUAAAAGCAUAUAUUUUAAAGGAAAUUGACAACUUUGGCAUAGCUGCCAAAUGUACCAGAGACUUUUCAUUAUAAAAAUAACAGUUGUUUAUUUUAUCAUGUCACACUCAAAACGAAUCGGGCUAAAUGUUCUCAAAAUAUAAUAAAUUACAAAUGUUUAAUGUAGUUUAAUCGGGCGCGGAGUUUGAGUGGUUCAGCGCUAGGCUUCCGAACCUGGGGUCGUGGGUUCGACUGGGAUUUUGAAUUUCCGGAUUUUUAGGACGCCCAUUGAGUUAACCCAACUUGAAUGAAUACCUGACUUAAGUUGUGGAAAGUAAAGGUGGAUGGUCGUUGUGCUGGCCACAUGACACUCUGCGCUUUAACCGUUGGCCAAAAAAACAGAUGACCUUUACAACAUCUGUUCCAUAGUUCGCAAGGUCUGAAAGGGUAACAUUACUUAUUAAUACCUUUUUGUGUUCACUUAUGAAUAAUUAAGGAAAUUAUAUAUUCUCUUUCAAGAGAAGAUAAAAAAAAAUAUUUAGAGUUUUUGGGUUGCAUGUGUGAAAUUUGAAUUGAACCAGUUUAAUUUAAAUCUCUUAGUCAACAAACCUUCAUGCAAUAAAAAUAUUAGGUACUAGAAACGAUCCGAGAUGUGUCUUUUUUUUUUUUGGUAUAUCAACCAAAGUAUAAACUGUAUCUCUAUCAAUGAUUUUAUAUGAUCGAAUAUUGUACGCACUCUAUUAUCGUUUUGCUUCAUUUUUGUAAGGCAUUUUAUGUAGGUGUAAUGAAGGUAAAGGUUUAGAUGAUGGGUUACAAAUGAAAACAUUCUGUUGAUGAAUGCGGAUUUUUUUUUUACUCUAGCCCCUUCUUUCUCUCACUCUCCCUUUCUCUCUUUGUCUCUCUCUCUCUCUCUCUCUCUCUCUCUCUCUGCCUGUUUCUGUCUGUAGCUGUUUCUGAUAUCCGAAAGAAAUAGUGAAGUAUUAUGAAAAUCAGUGUGCAUUUAAGUGUAUACAAUAAUAGGAACGGCUUUUAUUUUUAGAAUUCGUCGUCUUCUUUCUAUAUAAAGAAAAAGUCCUUGAAUUUCGUGCAGAUUUGGAAAUGGAGCUAUGUUUUCAUUCAUAAAUGUUUUCUUAUCUUAAAUUUGAAUGUUGUCUUUAUUGUGUAUUUAUUUUUAAAUAAUGAAUGUAUUUGGGGAAUGUACCUGCCAAGGGAGUUGAUAUUCAUAUUUGAGGUUUAACAAAUGGGGCGUUUCAUUUAUGAUUUUCAUUAAUAUAUUUGUAUAACUUUUUUAAAUUUAUCACUUCAUCUAUUUUAACAAGAAAAACUUAAAAUGAAUUAUUAAAAAAUAUUAAAAUUUCUGCAUAUUUUUUUCUUUAUUUUUUACAGAAUUGUCGAAGUUUUUAAAUUACAUUAAUGUGGAGUAAAAAUGGUCUAUACAACAACAAUUAUUUAAUCAAUAGAGAAUAAUUUGGUAACAUUUCCUGGCUCCUCCAAUAACGACCAUAUCUUAUAUUAAAUUUACAAUUAAUUGAAUAUAUAAACUUGCGAAUGGCAAGUUAUUAACAAAUUACAAUAGUUUACAAUUUCUAAAGUUGUACUGGUACCAUUACAAGAUUUGACGUUAAUACAAAUAAUAAUGUCAUUUCUUUGUAGUGCUGAAAUUUUGUACAAUUUUAUUUCAAAUAAAAUUUUUGAAACAUUUUGA